UAAUCUCAGGAAACCAUCAGCUGUUUCAUAAACAGACUUGUUUAUUAUUUGUAAAAUUAUAAUUACUAUACAAACGAAACCAUAGUAUCUGAAUUAAAUUAUAUACGUUUCAUCUUUUUGUGUUCAAUAUAGUUGUUAUUACUAGAUAUUUAUCACAGAUUGAAUAAAGUGAAUACACAGGCAUUAUGGUGGAAGAUUCAAGUCAAAACUCUAACAAACCAAAGGCAAAAGCCACUCGCCCUAAAGCAGUUUAUUUAUGGACAGAAGCGGAUGUCCAGAAAUGGUUACGACGUCAUUGCAGUGAUUAUUAUCAUUUGUAUUGGGAAAGAUUUCAUGAGCACGACAUAACCGGCCGUGCUUUAAUUCGCAUAAAUGAUAACACAUUAUUGCGAAUGGGUAUAACCAAUAGAGAACACAGAGACGCUUUAUGGCGGGAAAUUUUGAAGCUACGACUCAAAGCAGAUAUAGUCGAGAUACGUGAUCUGGAAAGGAGACAUUAUUAUUUCAACUACGACUUGUGACACAACGACGUGGGUUCCGCGACAGUUUGGUCUACCCAUCCACUAUUAAUUAAGCGUUAUUUUACGAAAUUUAAUUGUAACAAACAUUGUACAGUUGCCCAUCUUUUCCGUGCCUUAUUUAUAAUGCUCACAGUAAACAGAAUUUUAAACAGCAGGUAGCAAACAGUUA